AUGCACUGUCAUAUCUUACCUUUGAUUAUUGAAUAUCUUUCAAAAGAGCGAAAGUCUUUACUAGCUUGUCUUAAAGUUAACAGAUUAUGGUGUCGAGCUGUCGUUCCAGUACUUUGGUCUGAUCCUUUCCGAUACGCCUCCAAUUAUAAAGACAAGUUUCCAGAAGUUAUUUUUAUUUACUUGGGUUGCCUUGAAAAGAACGCAAAACAAAAGUUUUUAUCACAAAUUCCUGCGGAUAAAAAAUCACUCUUCAAAACACCAAUUUUUGAUUAUGUUAAAUUUUUAAAACAUUUUAAUUACUGGAUGAUUGACAGUUCUAUUAAAGAAGCGGCAAGAAAAUUGGGAAAUCUUGAAGAAAUUAAUGUGAUUUAUACUUCACCUGAUUCAAAAACUCAAUUAUUUUAUUUCAAUGAUAAUCCACCAUUGGAAGGCGUUCUUCGUACUCAUUUAUUGAAUCUUAUUUAUAAUCGAUCUAAUCGUUUGAAUUAUUUUACUAUCGCUGAUCAUUUCGGUUUUGGACACAUACUUGAUGCAAGAGAUUAUAACCAAUUUGGUCAUGUUAUGGAUGGUGAUUUCUUGGAACCUAUCAAGAAGAUAAGCUUUUGUAUUGAUUACAGUUCAUUAUAUAAAGUAUUCUCAUGGAUUCCUGAUAUUUGUCCUAAUGUGAAACAUCUGAAAUUUCGAUUAAAAUGUAUUAGCGAUUCCGAUGCAAAAACUAUUACAAAAGUUCUUUCUAAAUUUAAAGAUCUUCGUACAUUUAAGCUUAAAGUAAACUAUCGAGAAGAACAACAAGAAGAGAAGUUACCGUCAAUCGCCAAUCAUAUUCAUUCUUUAACUACAAUUGUGAUUCGUCAUUGUAAUUUUAAGAAGAAUAAUAAUCUUAUUCAAGAAAUCGCUCAAUGUAAAAGUCUGGUUGAAUUGAAAAUUUUAUUGUGUACUGGAUUGACUACCGAUAAAGCUAAAGUUUUAAUCAAUGCUGAUUUUCCAAUGCUCAAAAUUGUGGAAUUAUGGGGUAAUUAUUGUAAAGAAGCUAUUAAUUGGGCUAAAAUUGGGUCAAAGUUAUUUUUCAUUUGA